AAAUAAAUGUUAAAAUACAAGAAAAGUAAUCAUUUUUUCCCCACAUUGAAAAGGUGCUGGUACUCCGUACCGGUGCAUACCGUCACAAAAAAAAGCACUGGACUUAAUAGAUCUAUAGUAUAAUAGUCGGUGUUAGUUUAUGUGACUAGUGACUAGAUAUUUAGAAUCAGGUUCCUCUUAUAUUUUAAGAAUAUGCAGAAAAAAAUGCAGAUUACAAAUAUAUCAUGUAUAGAAUCUAGCUAGAUCUAAGUCUAGAGUCUAUCCAAGUCUCCAAAUCCUAGAAUGCCUGUGUGUCAAUUUUUCCUGGAAGGCCGAUGCAGAUAUGGAGAACGUUGUCGGAAUGAACAUCCUCGAGGUGGGGUCCAGAGAAAUCUGUUUGGAGGAGGAGGAGGGGAACGUAAGAUCACAUUUAGAGACAGCUUUAAUAAUGCUGGUCAGAAUGAAAAGUACAAAUGGUCUUCAAGUAACCAACAGUACCAGGCCACGUCACAGAGCUCACUAGAUGUUGUGAGUAAUUUGCCAAAAGAAAUGGAAACUUUUGAAAGUUCUAAAAUGUGGCCUUUGACAUGUAUUGGUCUAGAAGGAUAUACAAAGUCUUUACCAGACUUUGUGGAUACAAGUUUUGAAGAGCUAAGACUUGCUGCUUAUCAAGCCCUGAAGGAAAACAAUUUCAAAACCUUUGCAGACAGAUAUCACCAACAGCUUGAAGAAGUGAAAACAAAGAGAGAUGUCUUAAAGCACGUCACCAUGGAAACCAAAUCUAAACUGAUCUCAUUUUUGGAUGCUGCCAGAACACAACUGUCUCAAGGCCCAGAAACUCAUGGAUCUGAAAUGAAUACUUCUAGUCUGUUUAACCAACAAAAGACCAACUCAGCAUUCAAUUCAUUGAGUCUAUUUAGCCAACAAAGCCCAGUCACUGGUUCAAACAGCAAUGUUGAUCUAUUCAGCACCGGGCCAAACAGUUGGUUUAGUAGUCAAAGAGGUGGAGAUGUUGGCAGCUCAGUGUUUGGUUCAUCAACUGCUGCUUCACAGUCUACAUUGGAUUCGGCCACAGUCACUUCCAGUUCAGUCACAAACUUUGGAACUCCUGCAAUGACAUUGUUUGGAAAACCUGUGAAAUCUCUUUUUGGAGAAGAGAACAAACCUACAACGAACCAAAACAUUUUUUCACAACCUUCUUCAAUAUUUGGUGGCAAUGCUGCCUCAGUGUUUAAUAGUAGUACUGCCUCUACAUUUGGGGGCAAUGCUGCCUCUACAUUUGGGGGCAAUGCUGCCUCUACAUUUGGGGGCAAUGCUGCCUCUACAUUUGGGGGCAAUGCUGCCUCUACAUUUGGGGGAAAUAAUACCUCUACAUUUGGGGGCAAUGCUGCCUCUACAUUUGGGGGAAAUAAUACCUCUACAUUUGGUGGAAAUGGUAUCAUCAGUGAUUUUGUGUCCUCACAGACAAGCACUCCCUUGAUUCAGUCCUCUCCAGGUAAACCAUUUCCAAAAGCAACAGUUGCUCAGGCUUCUGGAAUCUAUUCUCAACUGACUGAUCUCAAUGAUCAAGAGAAAGAAGCUUUUAUGGCCAAGUCUUUUCAGCUGGGUCACAUCCCCCUUCGUCCACCACCAGUUGAACUGAUCAAUUGAAAGAGUAAGUCAGCCAAAGAACUUAUCAAGCAAAAAGGAUGCUAAAAGCAUAAGUAAUGUGACUGAUAGUAACAAUAGGAUUUCAUGAGACAAAAGGAGACUGGGCUCAUCAGGAUAUAUGACAAGCAGAAUGUAAUAAGUUUUAAAAUAACUAACAAGAUGUAAUCACAGCUUUUAAAUAACUAACAAGAUGUAAUCACAGUUUUUAAACUAACAAGAUGUAAUCACAGUGCUUUGUUUCACAGUAUUUUAGGACUAGUGACAACUAGGCCUGUGAUAAAAGCAUUGUUUUUAUAUGUCCAAAUAAAAAAUGUUUACUUCUAAA